CCGGACCUUCCUCCGUCUCUCCAUCUCUCCCUCCUUUCCCCGCGUUCUCUUUCCACCUUUCUCUUCUUCCCACCUUAGUCCUCUCUUUCUGCCCUCCUUUCCUGCCCACCGCUGCUUCCUGACCCUUCUCCGACCCCGCUCUAGCAGCAGCCCUCCCGAGAUCUGUGGGUUGAUCUGUGGCCCCUGUGCCUCAGUGUCCUUUUCGUCUCCCUCCCGACUCCGCUCCCGGACCAGCGGCCUGACCCUGGGGAAAGGAAGGAUGGUUCCCGAGGUGAGGGUCCUCUCCUCCUUGCUGGGACUCGCGCUGCUCUGGUUUCCUCUGGACUCCCACGCUCGAGCUCGCCCAGACAUGUUCUGCCUUUUCCAUGGAAAGAGAUACUCCCCCGGCGAGAGCUGGCACCCCUACUUGGAGCCACAAGGCCUGAUGUACUGCCUGCGCUGUACCUGCUCGGAGAGCGCCCAUGUGAGUUGUUACCGCCUCCACUGUCCGCCUGUCCACUGCCCCCAGCCUGUGACAGAGCCACAGCAGUGCUGUCCCAGGUGUGUGGAACCUCACACUCCUUCUGGGCUCCGGGCCCCACCAAAGUCCUGCCAGCACAAUGGGACCAUGUACCAGCACGGAGAGAUCUUCAGUGCCCAUGAGCUGUUCCCCUCCCGCCUGCCCAACCAGUGUGUGCUCUGCAGCUGCACCGAGGGCCAGAUCUACUGCGGCCUCACGACCUGCCCCGAACCAGGCUGCCCCGCACCCCUCCCACUGCCAGACUCCUGCUGCCAAGCCUGCAAAGAUGAGGCAAGUGAGCAAUCGGCUGAAGAGGACAGUGUGCAGUCGCUCCGCGGGGUGAGACAUCCUCAGGAUCCGUGUUCCAGUGAUGCUGGGAGAAAGAGAGGCCCGGGCACCCCAGCCCCCACUGGCCUCAGUGCCCCUCUGAGCUUCAUCCCUCGCCACUUCCGACCCAAGGGGGCAGGCAGCACGACCGUCAAGAUUGUCCUGAAGGAGAAACAUAAGAAAGCCUGCGUGCAUGGCGGGAAGACGUACUCCCACGGGGAGGUGUGGCACCCGGCCUUUCGUGCUUUCGGCCCCCUGCCCUGCAUCCUAUGCACCUGUGAGGAUGGCCGCCAGGACUGCCAGCGUGUGACCUGUCCCACCGAGUACCCCUGUCGUCACCCCGAGAAAGUGGCUGGGAAAUGCUGCAAGAUUUGCCCAGAGGACAAGGCGGACCCUGGCCACAGUGAGAUCAGUUCUACCAGGUGUCCCAAGGCACCAGGCCGGGUUCUCGUUCACACGUCGGUAUCCCCAAGCCCAGACAACCUGCGUCGCUUUGCCCUGGAACACGAGGCCUCAGACCUGGUGGAGAUCUACCUCUGGAAGCUGGUAAAAGGAGGAAUGGACGAAGAAAGUGGAGCUGUUCAGCCUGGAGAAGAGAAGACUCAGGGGGACAGGACUGCUGGCUUCGUGGCUCUGAAGGGCUGUCCCAGGCAGAGGGAGCAGCCGUGUUCUGAGUGACCACAAGGGUCAAACAACAAGCAGGGGCUUUGGGUUCGAAUCCCAGCUCUGCCAGUUUGAAUCCAGACUGUGCUAUACCUUAGCUGUGUGGCCUUGGGCAGUCACGUGAUCUCUCUGGGCCUCAGGUUUCUCUUCUGUAAAGUAGGGAAGAGGGUUUUUGGAGGAUUAAAUGACAUGACAUCAGUGCAGCCCCUGACAUACAGCAGGCACUAGAAAUGUUAGUCUUCUCAUGCCACCACAUUGGGUUGGUGAGAAAUGCAGAGAGGCAGCUUUCAGCUCCAAGACAGGAAGAACUUCCUCAUGCUUAGAGGCUUCUGCCAGUGGAAGGGAGGGAGCAAGCUCCACUUACGAGAAGCGUGCAAGCAGGGGCUGGUGGGGAUUCUGUCUGCAGCUGGGGAGUUAGAUUCAGUAACCCUUAAAAUUUUUUGAGCCUUAAGAUUCCAUCAGUCCCGGCUGGGCC